AUGAGUAUUAACUUCAAAUUUCCAGAAUCUGUAAUUCCAGGCCAAUUACUUUGUCCUGCAUUUGACAUUAAAGAAGAAAAUGAUAAAAGUAUAGUUUAUGAGUAUAUAGCAGGUCCAGGUACUCGACUACAGAAACACAAUCUUAAUGGGACGGUUGUUAAUAUUAUCAAUUCUACUUUGGUCGGUACAGUAAAAAUCGAAGAAGAUUUUAAAAUGGAUUCUUCCAAUUUAGAUGAGUUGAAUGAGACUGCUGAAGAUGAAAAGAAUCAUAGUAAUAAUGGCACAAGAGAGAUUAAAAAAAUAAAAGUCUCUGUUGUUCAUAAAAGAAACAACACAUCAUCCGAAGUUGACAACGAAUUAACAAAUAAUUUACCAAAGGAAGGAGAUAUUGUAUUGGCAAAGGUCACAAGAAUCACUUUGCAAAACGUAAGUCUAGAGAUUUUAGCGGUUGAAAAUAGCCCAGUUCCAAUAGAUAGUGGAGUCGGUAGCAAUGGCCACGGAGUAGUAGCUGCAGGUGCUGGUUCAGGUUCUGCAUCAUAUUCUGUUUCUCAAACAUCCUCCGAUUUUGGUGAUCCAUUUAGAGGUACAUUGAGAUCGCAAGAUGUUAGAGCCACGGAAAGAGAUAGUGUUAAAAUCAUUGAGUGUUUUAAACCUGGAGACAUUGUAAGAGCACAGAUAUUAUCAUUGGGUGAUGGUGUGAAUUAUUAUCUAACAACUGCUAAAGAUGAUUUGGGUGUUGUUUUCGCUAAAAGUGGUAAUGGAGCAGGAAAUCAAAUGUAUGCUUUGGAUUGGGAAACUAUGGUAGUUCCUUCGACAGGUGCAACGGAAAAACGUAAAUGUGCUAAACCGUUUUAG